GAAGAACCAAUCAGAUCAAGAGUUGAGGAGAGGUGUCCGGACAUGUACAGAAUGUACACGUGCUGCCUCGUAAGGUAACGUACGUUUAUUUUAACUCGAUAUUUGUGCUUUUUAAUCUAAAACUGAUUGUUUUCAGUCAUAUUUAAUAUCCGUCUUUAGGAAAUAUGUUUGCUGGCGCAGAUUUCUUCGUGUAGCCCCAAAGAAUUUGAGGCUCUAAAACAUUACUCCGGACUUCGUUGAAACUAUUCACAAUUACGCUCAGGCUGGGCUACAUUUAGUCUAAGACAUUUCUUAAAUCGUGUCACUCCGCUGUUUGGAAACUCAGAGGAGUCUCUUGUCAAAUCGGCUCUGAUAAAACCGACCAAACACCUUGUUCUUCAAUAAUAAACGCGUUUUAAACAGCAGUGUGGUCGUGUAUAAGGCUCCGCUCACGCAGCUGUCCAACACGGCCUGCACAAAGAAACAGACAUGUGGAACAUAAUAAUGACUUUUAAAUGAAGUUGUACUGUAUUUAAACGUAGCCGUAUUAACCACAGUAGUCCACUCUUGGCUGAUUUUGGUUUAAGUAGUUUCACAAGCAAAUGUUAGUUAUGGCAAAAGAGAUUUCACAAAACGGUCGAUAUUUUGAAUGGAGUUUGGUGGGUAGGACAUCUUGACAUGUGGCACAUUUUGUAACAGGGUUGUAAUCUGAAUGUAAAUCUACUUGUUUUUACGCUGUAAACUAUAUCAAGGUAGACAGUUGUAUUAGUGAAUGAACCCAGAGUUUUCCAGUUUACUACUACAGAAGUGGUGUAUAAGUUUGUUUAUGAAGCACAUUGAAAAACAACGAAACGUUGACCAAAGUGCUGUUCAGUAAAAAUUAAAAAGCAAUAAAAACAGACAAUUAACACGAACAAUCACACAAAGACACGGGACCCCAUUGAAAAAACAGGGAGACAUAGAUGGUUCAAUAAAAACAUGACUGUAUUAUUAUUUGUUAUUGUCAAUCACCUAACCCUGACAGUCAGAUACUUCUGCAUGGCUGCUUCCACCAUGUGUUUUAAGGCCUGACAGGGGGGCUAUUUUUUGAGUCAGUUAGUCUAUUUUUGUUGCCAAACCGACAUUUCACCCUCUCAUCGUGUUGCUUGUUAAAGUACACACGUGUUGUGGUGAAAUUACACAAGAUUUUGCAACAACUCCAGGGAAUAAGGAGGUUUGUCUUUGCACCUUUUUUUUGACAGUGCUUCAUUUAUUUGUUGGUGGUCCAUUCCCUUCAAUUUCUUUCUUUUUUUGAACAUAUUUCGUUUUAUUUUCAUGUGGUCAAACUUAAGUCAUAUUAACACAAACACAUAAAUUCAGGACAAGCAGAAAAAAAGAGGAUUUUCUGUUUAAAAGUAAAUAAUAAAUAAAUAACACCCAAAGUGUAACGUAGUGUCUGUUCAGUAUCAAAAUCAUAUUCAUAUAGUUUUUCUUAUCUGUAUCUCAGGAAAGGGUAACAUCAAACAAAGUAUUUAUGGUAAUAAAUAAAAAGUAACGCUGGUUGAUUUGGCCUCUGGUAGUGAAAUAAACAUAGGAAGAAAAAAGAGAGUUAAAAAUUUUAUAUAUAUAUAUAUAUAUAUAUAUAUAUAUGCACGUACGUACAAAAAAGAGAAAAAGAAAAGGGAAGAGAAAAAGAAAAGGAAAAAAAUGUUCAUGACUGUAUAAAUACAAUGCAUACAAUAAAAAUUUGGUAUUAUACCAGUUAAAAGUAAAUAGACAAAUAAAUUCAUCGGCACAUCCCUGUACACAUAAAUAAUCAUAUUCAGUUGAACUAUAAAUCAUACAUUCAACAUAACCAAUCAAUCAAUUCUCUUCUACCCCUAAUAAAAGAGAGGGAAAAUAAAUAAAUAAGGAAUGAUAGGGCAUCAUAUAUGCAGCCUCAGUUAACAAAGUUCUGGCCUUAAUUCAAAACUAGCACCCAAGUUCAUAUAUCUACAAAAGUACAUAUGCAUAUACGUGCACACAUCGACGUGUGAACCAACCCAUCAACACAUGUCUACAUGGACGUACGUAUGAAACUAAUUAAAGAAGUAGAGGCGAGACAACUCAUAAUCAAGCUGGCGUGCUGAUCUCAUCUCACCCAUCCUUCAACAAGAUAAAUACCCUGUGUUCAUUAAAAGUACAAACCUGGAGGAAUCACGUUGAUAUAUUGCAAUAGUCUGUUCAGUUUCUUUCUUCUAAUCGGUGUUUUUUUUCCUGUUCCUUCUUCAGAAAUGACCUCCAUAUCAGCUGCGUUGGUUGACGAUGGCAGAGCGGUCAAAAAGGACCAAAGCCGGCUCACGGGGGCUUCUCAGCAAUUACCGUUUUCUGUGUAAGAGAGCCAUGAUGCUUCGCGCUUUGGAGAGCGCCAGAGCCACGAGGAAACACCAACAGAAGAUUUUCAUCGCCAACAUGAAGAGGAAAACUACAGACAAACUCACUGAAACAACAGACACAGAUAAACUGGUUAAAAAGAGUAAAUCAAGCUCAGAACGGCCCGCUGAAAACAAAAAGACUGACGUUUCAGAACCAGGACUCUCUGAACCUAAAGCUCCUGAUCAGCACAGUUCAGCCACAGUCCUCAGAGACAGCUGGGAGGUGGACAGCGGGUUCUCCUCUGAGGCGAGUCCUCCAGCGAGUGGGCGGAGCUCACCGUGCCUGAGCGUGUGCUCGACCACGGUGGUGGCGUUGGACUGUGAGAUGGUGGGGACGGGGCCUGGAGGGUGCUGCAGUGAGCUGGCGCGCUGCAGCAUCCUGGACUACCACGGUAACGUACUGUACGAUAAAUACGUCCGACCCAGACAGCCCGUCACGGACUACAGGACUCGCUGGAGCGGCAUCAGAAGGCAUCACCUGUACGACGCGACGCCCUUCAACCAGGCCAGGGAGGAGGUGAGACUGACACGCAGUUUGAAGUUUUAAUGAAGAGUUUUUCUGUUCGCUGAGGUUCCUGUUUGAGUCGUUUUCUCCCUAAAAAGACAUCACUACAAAUUUAAACCAUCAGGAUUAGAUCAGGAUCCUGUCGAGCCGAGCAGACACUCCCGAUUAUUUAUUAUCGCCUUUUUCUCCCGGGUAAAUUUAUUCACCUUUCGCUCUCUUCCUGCAGAUUCUCAGCAUCCUGGAGGGAAAAGUAGUUGUCGGCCACUCCGUCUACAACGACUUCGCAGCUUUGGACCUCGUCCAUCCGGCGCACAUGGUCAGAGACACCAUCUCCACGCGUCUCCUCAGCAGGUUGCCUGAUGUCCCUCGAGGGAAACGCUCUCUGAAAAUCUUAGCGCGUAAACUGCUGAACAGAAGAAUACAGGUGAGACACUGUGAUUAUGAAACAUCUGUACAGUAGGACUUUAGGGAGCAGUCAGUGGAGUCUGUUGACCAUCCUUGACCCUCUUGUCUUUGUCCUCUGCCAAGGUGGGAAAAAAAGGUCACUGCUCGGUGGAGGACGCCCAAGCCGCCCUCGACCUCUACAAGCUGGUGGAAAGAGAGUGGGAGGAGCAGGAGGAGGAAAAAAUGAGAGACGAUGCCAACGCUCCACAAACGCCGAACUUUGCUGCUUCGAACCACUACAUGCAGGACGAGUACUGGCCGGAGGAUGUCAUCGCUGACAGCCAAUGAGAACGGAGUAUUUAAAGAGAGAGGGGCGUUACCUCAACAAACUCCUGGUUUACGAAACUAUUACUAAUGUGAACACACGACAUACUAACAGUACAGUUGAGAUUUAAGUGUUAAAACUGUAUUUAAGAGGAUUGUGAUCAAACUGCAUCACUUAUUGAAAAAUAACUUAUUGAUUUUAAACAUGUUAAACAUGGUUUGAGUGUUUCAGCUUUUUUGCUGUGAACCUGAAUUCUGCAUGAACAGAUGUUGGUUUUUUCACACUGUCGUAAUGAAAGUGUGAGAAGUUCAGGCUCCUGAAGUUUGGUGCUGAUGUUAUGAUGUUCAGAAGUCGUGUAAAGGGAGAUGAACCUUCUGGUUAUUAUGAGACAUGAAUGUGGUUUAAGCUGCUGUUUUGGAAAAUAACAUUAUUCUCCAGGAUGUUGUUUUAAAAUGUUUAUUAACAUGAAAAUACAUCAAAAGAUGUUCAGAGCAUCUUUAAAAGUUACAGGUUUGAAACGUAUUUACAGAGAAACUUUGACAAAAACAAAUUUACACAGUUUUAUUCUCAUGUUUGUAAAGCAGCUGUGCUGUUGUAACUCAUUACCUCUUCAUGUUGCUCUGAAAUAUCAACAUUAAAGUUCAUGAUGAAAUCAA